UUACUCCGAUUAAUAAAGCAGUGCAUGAUAAUAUAUGUUUCAUAUGUGCGAAGACUACUUCUAGGAAGAUAUAUGUGAACAAUUAUGUUGGAUAAGUUGUGCACUAGCUAUAUUUCUUAACAGACGGACAUGUUUUGUAUUAUAUACGGAUGUGUAGUUCUGUGGACUUUCCUUAAUGGAGUAUGCUCGGUGACUCUUUACCGUGAAGAAGGUACAAUUGGCCCUGGGGAUGCGCUUAAGGAUCCUGACACCAUUUGCUGUGUAAGACCGGAGUGGGAGGCUCUCAUGUAUCUCGACUACGCGACUGUCUUCAUUGAUCAGAAUACUGCAUUUGCAUACAUAAAUGGCAGUGUUAAGUUCGGGUAUAGUCUAUCACGUGGAAAGGUGUAUAUACACACUGAUGGGGUGAUGCAGUCUCCUUUGAUCCCGAAGCCAGUGCCAAGUAAUUACACAAUUCUGUACGAUUUCUCACAUGGAAUUGUUUACUCGGUCGUGUAUGGAGAAUGCCAAAAAACGCAGUUGGAGCAAAACAUGACAUUGCAGUGUAUACCGGGUAAGAACAUGACAUUGCAGAGUUUACCGGGGUCGGCCAAGGACAUAUCGGCUGGGGUGGUCGGUAAUGAGAACACGGGUCGGCUCGUUCAUACAUACAGAUACACGGAUACGGGAGACGUGCCGUGGAAAAUCACGGCGACAGUCUUAAAAAUAGAUAUCGCCCCUGUAGAGCCAAAGGAGUGUGAUCCAGUGACCGUGACCUACUUCGCCCCGACCGCCAACCCCGACAGUGGAUCCCUCUAUACCCUCAACGUGCUCGAUAUUGGAGAUAUUAAGUCACUGGAUAUGUUUGAUAUCCCAAAAGAAUGUACGCAUUUGUAAA